AUGGAAACUUAUGAAACUUAUGAAAAACAAAUCAUAUAUAAUGAUGAUAAUUCUGUUAAUUUACCCUUUGGCCAUGCUGCAAAAUGGUACUUAGUUAAUAUACCAUUAUUACAAAAUUAUCGUUUAAAAAACCAAAGUAGGCAGACCAUCACAACCAGAACUAAAAAAUCUACAAAUAGAAUAGAUGAUAUAUUAGUUCUAACUACUAAAGGAGAAGACUUAGUUUUACAAAUCAAUUUAGGAAUAGAGAAAGAUCAGCAGUGCUGGUAUUGGGUAAUGUACUGCUCUGGCGAUGGGGAUAUUUGUCAACAUUUAUGUGGUGGAAUUGAAAAAUAUUUAGAAACUUGUGAUUAUUAUUUGUUACAUAAUAAUCUAAAAAAUGCAAAUGAUAUGCAUUUAUGUAGUGUUAAAGUUAUUUCCAAAUGUCGAUUAUCGUGGUUAAAUUCAGAAACUCCACUAUGCAUUACUAUUCAAGAAACUCAUCAUCCAUCUCAACAUAUGUUUAAUAAUAUUAUUCCUAAAAUUUCUCGAAUUAAUCUAACUUAUUUUGUUAGAGAUUCAAUUGUUUUAAAUAGAAGAGCAGAUCACAGAACAGCUAAAGAAAUAAAAGCCAAAUUAUUAACUCCAUUUAAUGGUGCAUCAGAAGAACCAAUUGAAUCAUCUGAUCGAUAUUAUCAACUAACUUUUUCUGAUGAAUUUUGGCUUAAAAAUGAACGUGAUUAUGGAAAUAUUUGCAUUGGUAUUGAUGGAAAAUAUGAUUUAAAUGCAGAUCGAGCUCCAGUAUUAUCAAUUGUUCUUGAAAAUGGAGCUGGUCAUGGUUUACCUCUGGCAUUUGCUUUAAGUAACAAAGAAAAUAAUCAAACUAUAAAACUAGCAAUUAUCGCUGUUAAAAGAAAUAUUCCUUGUAAUGAGAUAUUAUAUCAACAUAGAUGGUAUUAUGAAAACUUAAUUUCAGGAAAUGGAUUUCAACGAGUUUGUAAAUGUCAAAAUAAUAAUUGGAAACCAUACACAAUUAUUAACAAACAUAGACCAUCAAAAUUGGCAAUUCAAAAUAUAUUAUGCAGACCUAUUUUAUGUUGGUUUCACAUAAUGAAAACUUAUGAGAAAAAUCUUAAUAAUUGGCAUAUACCUGUCCAAUUCCG